AUGUCGAAGCAUUGGGUGGCGCUGGCAUCUGCAUUUGUCGUUGGUACUCUCGGUUCUUUAAUUGCUGCAUUUAUGUACAAUCGGCACAAAAAAAAGUUGUUCAAUAUGCUCACAGAUUAUGUUUUAAUUGGUCACGUAUCUGGAUUAAAUAUUUUCCCUGUAAAAUCGAUGAAAGGAGUCAGUGUGAAGGAAAUGGAGUGUACACAGGUUGGUGGAAGGCUGAACGAAAUGGAGGACAGACAUUUUAUGGUGGUGAAUGAAAAUACCGGAAAAUUCCUAACAGCUCGUCAAUAUCCUAAGCUUAUCACAGUCUCUACUGAAGUUCGUGUAAGUCUUUUAACUUUGCUAUUUCGAAAACUAAAACAGGAUGGGCUAGACUGCGGUGACGAAAUAGGCAAUUUUUUGUGCCAAUAUCUCGACACUACUGACAAAAUAAGGGUACUUUAUUAUGUUAAAAACUUAUAUAGCGAACGCGACGUUGUUCCAGAGGAGAGUUGGCUUUUGGGUUCGGUUCCUAAAAUAAGAGACCCUGUAAGUCACUUUAUACAACAGUGUCCGUACUUGGCUAUCUGCGAAAGUACAGUUAAUGACUUGAAUUCGCGACUUUCGUCAGAAGACAAAGUAGACAUGAGAUCAUUUCGACCAGGAAUAGAAAUUCGAGGUCCUAAACCGUAUGAUGAGGACGUAUGGGGCGAAUUGAAAAUUACGGAUGUUACGUUUACUUGCUAUAGACCAUGCACUAGGUGUGUCAUAACAACGAUUGAUCCUGAUACGGGAAUACGUAGACAAAAUAAUCAGCCGCUGAAACUGUUGAGGGAAUACCGCAAAGUUCCUGAAAAGCUUCAUAAGAUUUAUGGUGACAGUCCUGCAUUUGGGGUGUAUAUGGGAGUUACGAAUAAAGGAACAAUUCGUGUUGGUGAUCCAGUUUUUGCUCGGUAUAAGAAUCAUCCAUUCUGA